UCAGCAGUGUAAAAAUUGCAGUGUUAAAUGUUAUUAAUUCCCAAAGAGUUGAAUUAACAACCUACAGUGUUAAUGAGUUCUGCUUUUCAGUGUAGUUACAGGGUGUUAAAUGAUGUGAUAUUAUUUUUACACUUAAAGUGUUAAAAAAAAAGCGCCAAUUUGUCUUGACUCCGCCCCUCUAUGACUGUUGCCUUUUAAGACGAUGAGUCGACAACGCCAUUUUCUUUAUGCGACUGAGACGGUAAGUGUGAUUGCAUUCUCUCUCUAAAAUUAAAUAACAAAAAAAAUUGAGUUAUCAUUAUAUAGUAAAAAAUAUAAAUGGAGUUGAACACAUUUGAAAAUUACUAACUGCGCGUAAUUUUGUCAGGUUUAAGAAUGCUCCUUAAAGUAAAGUUCAGAGACUUGCAGAAGUACGUGAAAGUUUCUGACGUCGAUUCCAAACUUUCGGAUUUCCUGGAUGAAGCCUUUGUGAAGUUCGGCAUUCCCGCCUCCAGUCAGGCCGAGGCGAAGCUUUUCGAUGAGUCUGGAACUGAAGUGGACGAGGAUGUCUUUGAGGAAGUUCUGAAGCAGCCAGAUUUGGGCGUUUUUCUGCUCAGAUUGGAGAAUUUGUCAAAUGAAUUAGCACAUACCCCUGCAGUGUCCAGUGAAGGAAGCUCCUCUGAGACUGCAAACUAUGAAUCUGAUGACACGGUUAUUCUGAGUGGCGGAAACCCUUCAAGAAAGCGGCAGAGAGACGAAGAUGAAGCUAGAAUUCUGGUCCAAACAAUUCUGCAGGCUAAACCUGGUGGGGAUGCAAUCAUCAGAGAGUACCAAAAAACCAAAAGCUUGACUGACAGCACCAGGAGGAAGAUGAUCAGGAUUCUUACUGCAGAUAUGACUGAAAAGCAUAGCACAUCUCCACCUAAACAUAUUAGAGAAAUGUAUGCCCAAGGAAUUGUUUCCCUGUUUCCAAAUCUUCGUGAUCCCUACACAAAGAAUGGAUAUGAACAUUAUUAUGAUCCUCAAAGUGGACAAGGGUACUUCACUUGGAAAAUAAAGAACAUUCAGAGGAACAGUGCACCAUCAGACAACCGUAGAUAUUCCCCUCAGUCUUUCAGUGGUGGCCCAACUGCAGAAAUAGAGGCUUCAUCCAGCACUGAAGUUAUCCUGACAGAAGAGCAGUGUAGAGAAGCUGUUUCUCUAAUGAAACAUACAUCAGAGGCAGAAACCGUGAAGGUCAAAAUGAGGGAGACGUUUCAGUAUCGUCGCAAGAUGAUUCAAGACCCAAGGAGAUCCACUGAUGUGCUGACUGAAUUUCCCCGUUUCUUGGACAUUAAAGGCCUGAUUGAGCAGGAUUUUGUUUUGAUGUUUGGUGAGAAGACAUCUGCCAAGUUCUUGGAAAGGUGGCCAACUACAUUUAUGCAGAAGGUCGUUGAACAAAGCAAAGGUCUUCACUUCUCCCAAGGCCUUCAGGACCUAAUUGAUGCUGCAGAAUCGGCGGUGAAAGGGGAUCAAACAGAUGGUGCAGGAUGGGACAGCGAUCUUGCUUCAGUUCUCCUUUUACUUCAUUUGAUUCCCCCAUCACCGCAAGGCCGGAAGAGACCUGGAAAGAUGUCCGCGCAUCAAGCUGAGAGAAACCUCAUCGUCUUCAAAAAGGCAGGGACUAACAUCCAAGAACACCUCAAUGCCAUCGAAGAGUGCACACAGCCUUACCUGCUCGCCAUGGGGACAAAUAAGAACAACAUUCACGUGUACUAUAUCAUUCUCGACAAGCAAGCCAUACCAUGCAAGUCAGUGAGUGGUCUGGGUGCCUUUGAUGAACUGUUCAAAGCCCACUUUGUGUUUGGUGCAUCUUACAGCAAAGUGCUGCACAACAUGUACACAUUCGUACAAACAACUAUUUUUCAGAUUGACAUUGGCAAGGUCAAAGAGAGUCCAAGAGUUGCUGAGCUCCGAGCUAGAUUCGUGCAUUAGAGUUGAUUGUCGGUAAAAAAUGAUCUGUUUCAUUUGUUCUUGCUGUCUUGAGAACACAAAUCUGCUUGUUCGACAUCUUAAAUUAAUUCAUGGACUGUUGCCUGGUAAAUCACUUCGUCUUAAAUGUGGUCAAGCAGGUUGCUGUGGAGAAUUUAGUACAUUUUCAGGAUUCCGCAAACAUUUGAAUAGAGUUCAUGAAAUAAGUAAUGAAGUUCUCGCACAUGUUGAAGAUGGUGCUGUUCAGAAUGCAGUUGUUGGGCUACCAAGUAAUAAUGAUGUGGCUACAAGUUCAAAUGACAGUUCUUUGCCAGUUUGUAGCAAAAACAUUACAGAUUUGUGUGCAUCAGCAAUCGCACAAUUGCAAGCUGCAGGUGUUGGUCAGACUACUGUUAAUACUUUUGUUAUGUCUAUGGAAGAAGUUGUUCAAGACAUCCAGGAUCAAGUAAAAGAGACCGCUCUAAAUUGCUUAUCUUCAGAGGACCCGGACAUGAAAAAUACAAUAGAGCAGUCAUUUAAGGACAUUGAAAACCCUUUCACCUUACUUAAUUCCAUAUCUAAACGAAACUCAUAUUUUACCAAGAAAUGGGGAAUUGUCCAGCCUGUGGAGAAAGUACUUGGGGUCAGAUUUGACAACAAGAAAAAUCGGACUACUGGAUUAUAUGAGCAAGUUGCAGUGACUGACAAGUUUGCGUAUGUUCCAAUUUUACAAACCUUAAAGAACAUUUUAAUGCAUCCAAACACCUCAUACAGGUUUAAGUCGGGCAUACCAAAUAAGAAUGGCAUUUACUCUGAUAUUGAAGAUGGACAGUACAUUAAGAAUCAUCCCCUAUUUUCCACUGAAAAAAACGCACUUCAAAUUCAAUUGUUUUACGAUGACUUCGAGACUGCCAAUCCAUUGGGGUCAAAGAAGGGAAUUCACAAAUUGGGUGGUAUAUAUUUUACUUUGAGAAAUUUCCCACCACAAUUCAAUUCAUCUUUAGCAAACAUACAUUUAUGUGCACUUUUCCAUGCCCAGGACAUCAAAACAUAUGGAUUUGAUGCAAUAUUGGAACCUAUUGUCAAUGACAUAAAAGUCCUUGAGACCAGGGGAAUAGAAGGUCUUGGUGGUUGUGUGCGUGGCAGCAUUGUCCAAGUAACAGGAGACAAUCUUGGUUUGCAUUGCCUCCUUGGUUUUGUUGAAUCUUUUAGAGCUCGGAAUAACUGCAGGUUUUGCCUAAUUGAAAAGGACUAUUAUCAAACUGUGUUCUGUGAAGAUGAGCCGACUGUAACUUUGCGCACUAAAGAGACACACUUGCAGCACUGUAAAGCUAUGCAGUCAGACCCAACACUGCCCCAUGUUUGUGGUGUAAAGCGCACAUGUUUGUUAAACACUCUGCAGUACUUCAGUGUAUCAGACAAUUUUUCUGUAGACAUAAUGCAUGACGUUUUAGAGGGAGUUGCACAGUUUGAAUUAAAACUUGUUUUGCGUUAUGUACAAGAGAGUUUUUUAACAGCAAAAGAGUUAGAUGGCAGAUUGCAUUCAUUUAACUAUGGGUACAUGGAGAGGAGAAAUCGACCUCCUGCAGUAAAACUGGAUGAUCAGAACAAUGACUUGGGCAUAAACGCUAUCCAGUGUUGGUGUCUACUCCGAAAUGUGCCACUAAUGUUCGGAAACGUUGUGCCCCAAGAUGAUAAAUACUGGCAACUACUACUACUUUUACUACAAAUAGUAAACAUUGUAUUUUCUCCUAUUUUAACUGAGGGCCUUACUGUUUAUUUAAAACACUUAAUUGCUGAACAUCACAGGCUGUUCAAGUGUUUAUUUCCAGAAAAGAAUUUACUGCCUAAACAUCAUUUACUGACUCACUAUCCGCGAUGUAUACGAAAUAUCGGGCCUAUUGUUCACAUGUGGUCGAUGCGAUAUGAGUCCAAGCACAAUUUCUUCAAGACGCAACAAAAAUGUUUCAAGAACAUCACUCUGACACUGGCAAAAAAACAUCAGAAUUGCAUGGCGUAUAACUGGCAAGACUUCAACCAUGACAGAAUAGUGCUUGGACCAGGAAAGACAGUGUCUCUCAGUGACUUAAAUGAGACUCAUCAGAUUGCAUCCAAGUUGCAUGUUCCUCCACAAACCAAUGUUCUCUCAGUGAAAUGGGUGAAGUAUAAUGGAACUGAAUAUCGCUCUACCUUAAUUAUUUGUGGUGAAGUAACCCUUGAUUUGCCAGUGUUUUAUAAAAUCAAAGACAUUGUUGUUCGAAAUGAAUGCGUGUUACUGGUGGCAUCACGCCUAAAAACUGUUUAUUUUGACGAACAUCUGUAUGCCUACAGAAUUGAUCCAAGACCCAGUGAUUCUCUGAAAGUCUUCAAUGUCAAUGAACUCGUUUAUUACAAACCUUUUGAUUUACAGAUGUCAUAUGGGUCUGCUAAUUUCUUUUGGUAUGUUGUACCUUACUGCAAUCUUGUUCAAAUCGGUUCUUAAAUCUUCAUGACAAAUUUGAUGAAUUUGUGUGUUGUAAGUUUUAAAUUUAUGUGCAACGCCUCAUUAAUGUGGUUAACUGACCUGCCAUGUUUUAAAGCCGCUUUACGCCAUGUUAAAUAAAUACUUGAAUUUUUAUAUCUAAA